AUGGAGCGACGUAGACGAGGCCUAUUCCUGGUCUUCUCGUUUUUUGCCCUAUUUGGCACUGUAUUUAGUAUCCAAGCCAAUAAAAUCUUCGAAACACCUGCAAAGGGUCAAGAUGCUGAUUGUGCAAACCGGGACAUCGAUACAAUGGUAUCAGAGGCAUCAUUUCUCGCCACGAACGCCAUCAACGCACUGAAAGACAUUCUCUCAGGCAAGCUGGAAAGAGCAGACAACAAGCAUCUGGAGACUGCGGCCAUCGAGAACUGGGGGGUGAAGUUUCAGAGUGGUCUAUUUGGGCGCCAGAAAAAGCUGGUGGUUUCGAGUGGCGCGGAGAGACUCAAGGAAGCUCUAGUGAACUAUGAGUCGGUGUUUAAUAAGCUAUCUAGUAACAAAGUUGACGGCGACAAGCUGGCAUGUGGUGAUACGUUCCUUAAAUGGGUUGUUACCUAUGGAGACAUGGGAAUGACGCCGCCGGAGAAGCUUCUGGGGGAGACGUGGGUGGAGAAAAAUGGCGGGAAGGCAAGCGAUUACCCGGGCUUUUACUGGAAUAAGGCCUGGAAUAUUUUGCUCGGGGAUCAGGGAGUCACGACCAAAGACGGCAAGCCAGGCGGGCAUCUCUGCCAGGACACUGCAUCUAUGGGAAUGACGUUUAAUAAAUACAAACUGAUUAUGAUCUGUGAUCGAGCCUGGGUAAAAGAGUCCUUGAUGGACUUGGCCAGUGGAAGACAACAAAUCCCCGCAGGAGAAUCUAUCGACCUUGUGAACAGCGUUGGAGGAACCUUCUUGCAUGAAAUGAUGCACUGGCUUAAUAAAGGCAUUAUCGAUGAAGUUGUGGACAAUUCGGGGAAACAGACUGUUGCGUAUGGAUAUGACAAUUGCGCCUAUAUGGCAGCGCAGAGCAAAUACCAGGCGAAGACAGUCACAAAUGCGGAUACUUAUCGAUCCUUUGCUUUGAUGGUCACGUUGAAGAAUGUCGAUUGGGUCAAGGGAAAAGCGUCUAACGUGCCUGAGGUCCCCAACAAGACUACGAGCACCACAACAGAGACUACUAGUACCAAGGAGCCUACGAUGCCCAAGGCGACUACCAGCGUUAAGGAAUCUAAGGAGCCUAAAGAGACCAAUAGGCCAGAAGACAAGAAAGACCCUAAGAAGCAUCAGAAGCCUGGAGACAAGGAAGACCCUAAGAAGCAUCAGAAGCCUGGAAACAAUAAAGGCCCUAAGAACCCUAACAGUCAUAAGAGGCCUAGGAGGGUAUAA